AUGCUUAGUCAAGGGCUCAUUCAACUCUUUGGUCAAACAUGCUAUGUAAGUCUCUUUGAAGACUGGGCAUUCAACGACGUGUCUUGUUUGAAAUUAGCCAUCUCGAAAUGUCUCGGUUUGGGUAUUGUGGUGGGUGGUUCUAUUGUCAAGAUACCCCAAAUAGUGACUAUUGUACGACACAGAUCGGCCAAGGGGUUAUCCAUCACAUCCUUUCUUUUAGAGACCGUCGCUUAUCAGAUUGUUCUCAUCUACAACACUCGUUUAUAUCAUCCCUUCAGUACCUAUGGUGAAGUCCUCUUCAUGACCCUACAAAAUAUCAUCAUCUGUCUACUGAUCGCUCAUUAUCACCUCCAGUCAAAGCACACAUUAGCUAUUCUGGCUUUAUUUUCUGCACUCUUUCUCCUUUUGUGGUCUGUACCCAGCUGGUGCAUGGCCUUACUCUACGCUGCUCAAAUACCCAUCGGUCUGGCUAGUAAAAUACCACAGAUCCGCACAAACUAUUAUAAUGCUUCCACAGGCCAAUUGUCCGUUUUUGCCUGUUUGAAUUAUUUUAUCGGCACCACUGCACGUGCCUUCACUACCUUUACCGAAUUGGACGAUAACAUCAUGUUGAUAGGCAAUCUAUUGGCUAGUUUCUUAAACGCUGUCUUAUGUUUCCAGCUGUAUAUAUAUUGGCCACCCACAAAUAAAAAGAUAAAGCAAUAA